AAAAUCAGCCAAGAAAGGAAAAGGUGAGGUCAAGAAGCGAUUCUUGCGGCAAGCACAAUUAUAAUAGCUACUCCGUACAGAAACCCCAGCAGUUCUCACGGGAUGCUACGUCUUCCCAAAUGGUGACCGAUAUGGUAAAAUAUGCCCUCUGACAUAGUGUAUGUGCAAGUUCAGCUAUGGACUGAAUAGACGGUGAGUAUGAGGAGAAGGGACCUGGACACAUAGUUCGCAGCGGACGAGGCAUGCACACCUCUGCAACUGGAAAUGUAUAUUCAGGAGAGUGGCAGGCUGACACCCUUAACGGGAAAGGGGAGAUCCAGCAUCCCUCAGGAGCAGUUUAUAAGGGAGAUAUAGUUGGGGGAGAGUAUCACGGAGAAGGUACAUACCGAUGGCCAGACGGGUCCAAAUACACGGGACCUUUCACUCACAACAGGUUGGCAGGGAGGGGAAUAUUCACAGACACCAGUGGUAGACAGUGGGUAGGGGAGUUCACUGGGACAACUGCAGACAGACUUAGACUGAUGUUAAAAUAAGACUAUGGUAAAAUAUAGACUCAACAUGCUCAAUUUCUGCUAAAUAUAGACACACCCUAUCAUAAUAUUAUUCAUGAGUUACAUGGAAAACAAACAGAAAGUACUCCAUUAAUCAAAUCAGACACUCACAUGGCGACUGUAUAAUUAUACUCUAGUUAAUAAUCACACAAAAGGUAAUGCACAUUAUUAAACAUCUGUUACUGUAUUUUAGGAUGGAGUCUUGC